AGGCGGCCAAGAAUUAGCGCGCCAAAUUCGCUACAGCUGCGACCGUUUUUCCUAAACUUGUGUGUCACUUUCUCUCUCUGAAACUCUUCCUCUUUCUCUCUCUACCCCCUCUUCGUCUGUCGUGCGUCUGAUCAUUGCGAAUCUGCCCAAGCUCAUUUCAUAAUUCAGGCGAAGUAUCAUGAAUUCACUCAUAAUUCUGGAAAAUUUACUGCCAUUCUUGGUGAAUCUUAACUGGAUCAGUAUUAAUUUUGGCCGGAUCACCGAGUAAAUUAUGUGACGUUAUACAAGUGUCGGGGAAGGAUUUCCGAGAUCGGCUCAAGCAAGCUUAGCUCAAGGUUUUGGUGGAAGGAUUGUCUUUUCUAGGCAGGUUGAUGAUUUUGGCCAUACAAGAGUGCAUUGCCAUCACCCACGAAGAUUACACGGAUGGUUGGGAUAAAUAGGUUUUUCUGGCGAAUUCCCAAGAUUUGUUAAAGAUGGAAUGGCAGAUCUUGCUAGUUAUGGCAAUCCUGACCGUGACGUCGAGCAGGCACUCAUUGCCUUGAAGAAAGGGACACAGUUGCUCAAGUACUGCAGAAAGGGGAGGCCUAAGUUUCGAUCAUUCAGACUUUCUUCAGAUGAAACAACAUUAAUCUGGUACUCUAAAGGAUCAGAAAGGCACUUGAAGUUAUCAUCUGUUUCACGGAUUAUUCCUGGACAGAGAACCCCUGUUUUUAAAAGAUUUUUGCGCCCAGAUAAGGAGUACUUGUCAUUUUCGCUCAUAUAUAAUGAUGGUGAAAGAUCUCUUGAUCUGAUCUGCAAGGACAAAACUGAAACUGAGAUCUGGCUUACUGGCCUGCAGACUUUAAUAUCAGCUCGCCAAGCAUAUACCAAACGGACUAGAAGUGAAAUUUCUGAUUUGCAUGGUUGUGGUGAUACCUCUCAAGAUCAUCGCCCAUUUGGAGCAAGACUGGAACUUUCGUCAAGUAUCCACAGCAGAGUCUCCACCGAUAGUCUUCGUGAUAAUUACUGGAAUAGUUCUAGCUCACAUGCAGGAUCUGAAUGUGCAAGUAUGCAAAUUCGAACGAGUGGUGCAGAUGGUUUCCGAAUUAGUGUCUCAAGUACUCCUAGUUGUUCAAGUACGGGUUCUGGACCAGAUGAUAUAGAAUCACUUGGUGAUGUUUAUGCGUGGGGAGAGAUUUGGUCUGAUGGACUAACAGAUGGAACCGGGAAGCCAAUCCCAGUAAAAAGUGAUGUUUUCUCUCCUAAGCUGUUGGAGUCAAAUGUAGUUCUUGACGUACACCAAAUUGCUUGUGGUGUUCGGCACAUUGCUCUUGUUACUAGACAAGGCGAUGUUUUUACAUGGGGAGAGGAAUCUGGUGGCAGGCUAGGUCAUGGAGUUGAGAAGGACUUCAGUUGUCCUCGACUACUAGAAUUUUUUGCUGUUACAAGUGUUGACUUUGUUGCAUGUGGCGAGUUUCAUACAUGUGCAGUGUCUGCAUCUGGUGAUUUAUACACCUGGGGUGAUGGUACACAUAAUGCAGGACUUCUUGGUCAUGGAAAUAAUGUCAGCCACUGGAUACCAAAACGAGUAUGUGGAUCUUUAGAAGGCCUUCAUGUUUUAUCAGUUGCUUGUGGCACCUGGCAUACAGCAUUGACAACUUCAACCGGACAACUGUUUACUUUCGGAGAUGGAACAUUUGGGGCUCUAGGUCAUGGUGAUCGUGAAAGCAUUCCGUAUCCAAAGGAGGUUGAGUCGCUGAGUGGUUUGAAAACUGCUGCUGUUUCCUGCGGAGUGUGGCAUACUGCUGCUAUUAUAGAAGUUACAAAUCAGUUGGGUCCAAAUAUUUCCUCAAGAAAGUUAUUCACCUGGGGUGAUGGUGAUAAAAAUCGACUGGGUCAUGGAAGCAGUGGGAUGCAUCUUUACCCAACUUGUGUUUCUGGUCUUAUUGAUUACAACAUCCAGCAGGUAGCAUGUGGAGAUAACAUAACUGUUACCCUUACUACGUCCGGCCAUGUCUUCACAGUGGGAAGUAACGUACAUGGUCAGCUAGGCAAUCCACAAUCUACUGGAAAGUCCCCUUGCUUAGUACAAGACAAAUUAGUUGGAGAGUUUGUUGAACAAAUAGCAUGUGGUGCCAAUCAUGUUGCAGUCCUCACUUCAAGAAGCGAAGUAUUUACCUGGGGAAGAGGAGCCAAUGGUAGACUAGGACAUGGGGACUUAGAAGACCACAAUGUCCCGACAUUGGUAGAAGCUCUCAAGGACAGGCUCGUGAAGAGCAUUGCGUGUGGCUCAAACUACACGGCGUGUAUAUGCAUCCACAAGUGGAUGUCUGGGGCAGAUCAAUCAGUUUGCACAGCUUGUAGGCAGGCAUUUGGUUUUACUCGAAAGCGACACAACUGUCAUAACUGUGGGCUGGUGCAUUGCCAUGCUUGCAGUUCCAAAAAGGCACUGCGGGCAGCUCUUGCUCCGACUCCUGGGAAACCACAUCGAGUCUGUGAUGCUUGCUAUCUAAAACUUAAAAGGGCUCUAGAUGUUGGAAAAACAGCGACUUUAACUCGAAGAACAACGGGUCACCGUCGCUCGCUGGAUCUCACUGUUAGGGGAGAUAGGUCAGACGGAAGAACUUCAAGACUUCUGCUUUCCCCCACUCUGGAACCAAUCAAGUACCUUGAAGUCAAGUCUGGAAUGUCUGGAACAAGAUCUGAUAACUAUGCCUUAGUGCGUGCUUCGCAGGUUCCAUCACUAUUACAGCUCAAGGAAAUUGCUUUCCCAAGUUCACUUAGUGCCCUUCAGUUGGCUCUAAAGCCUGUUAUCGCAUCAACUGCAAAUCCUCAACAGGCCCAGCUGCAAUCUCAAUCCAACUCAAGACCUGCUUCCCCUUACUCGAGAAGACCAAGUCCUCCACGAUCAGCAACUCCUGUAUUUUCAAGGGGUGUCAUCGAUAGUUUAAAGAAGGCAAAUGAUCAUUUAAACCAAGAAGUUUCCAAACUGCAUGGCCAAGUUAAAAGUUUAAAACAAAAAAGUGAAGACCAAGAUACAGAAAUCCAGAAGUUAAAGAAAACUGCUGAGAAUGCUACUUCAUUAGCUGCUGAUAGAUCUUCCACGUGUAUUGGAGCAGUGCAAGCCUUUAAGACCAUCGCAGAUCAAUUAAAAGAAAUCACAGAGAAGUUUCCAGCUGAUAUAUCUGAGAGUGAAUCCAUUAAAGCAGUACAUGCUCAAGUUGAAUCUUUUCUGGAUAAAUAUGGGGCUCAAGCUGAAGAAAAUUCUUCUUUGCCACCAGAACGGAGACCUGACCAACAGAUUCAUACCGAGGAAAUGGCAUUAUCCUUUGUAUCAAAUAGCAAGGAAGAUCAUAAAACAGAAGAUCAAGCCAAUCCUGGCGUUCAGGACAGGCCCCAGGAUAUUGAAGGAACUCCAGAAGAAAUCAACGGAUCAUCUGUUUCUGAUAGAAAAGGCAUGAAUCAGUCAAGUGGAGACAGUGGCUUCGGGACGCCUCCAGCUGCAAAGACUGAGGGACAAAAAGAAGUCAUUGAGCAGUUUGAACCAGGUGUUUAUGUAACUGUUGUUGUACGUGCAAACGGGACCAAGAUCUUCAAGAGGGUUAGAUUCAGCAAGCGAAGGUUUGCCGAGCAGCAGGCAGAAGAAUGGUGGAAAGAAAACAAAGAUAGACUACUGCAAAAGUACAGUCCGAAAAUAACUAACAUGCCGGUGGAAGCAAAUGCAGUUCAGCCGGAAGCUCAGGAAGCUAAUGAGGCAGCACAAUCUUCAUAGGAAAGGAUUUUUGCAGAUAGAUUGUAUAGAAGGAGUAACUUGGAAACAUAGGUGACUGAGAAUUCUCUCUAAUUAAUCUGGCAUGAAGAACUCUUUCUUGACAAUGCAUAGAGAUAUAUAUAGAAUUGUAAUAUUUUGGUUCCACAUUAAUCUUCAUGUUCGUGUUCUGGUUUAACGGAGGUAGCACUAGAUUUAGACAAUGAAAAACAGCUACCCUUUAGAGAAAAUGGGGUCUGUUUUGGACGUUUUGAAAAGGACAUUGUUGUAAUAAAUUCAACAUAUAUUACAGAACAAGUAGUCAUGUAUAGAUUUUGAUAUAUGUUUUGGGAAGAACGUGGUUCUGCUA